AUGAAUCCAGCUCCCCCUAAACCCGUCAGCAGCGUCCUAGACGCUAUUGGAAACACCCCAGUGGUGCGCCUUAACCAUGUUGUGCCAAAGGAUGCCGCAGAGGUCUAUGUCAAAUUGGAAUUCUUCGGCCCAACAGGAAGCUACAAAGACCGCAUGGCUCUAUCGAUGGUCGAAGAGGCAGAACGACGCGGAGAUUUAAAACCCGGCAUGACGGUUGUUGAAGCCACCGGCGGCAGCACAGGAUCGUCGUUGGCUUUUGUCUGCGCCGCCAAGGGAUACCAGUUUCUGGUUGUAUCUUCAAACGCCUUUUCAAUGGAAAAGCUACGCACAAUGACUACGUUUGGAGCUGAGCUUGAUAUCGUGCAUAGCCCUACCGGAAAAGUCACACCUGACCUGAUCCCGAGGAUGAGGGAUCGUGCAGAGGAACUCAGCAAAGGGGAAAACUACUACUACACCAACCAGUUCCACAAUGUCGACGCUUUGGUUGGCUAUGGAAAGAUUGGAAAAGAGCUAGUUGAACAAAUUGGCGAUGGUAUCGACGGCUUUUGCGGCGCUGUCGGCACUGCAGGCAUGUUCACUGGAGUGGCCAGCGCCUUGAGGUCGAAAUAUCCUUCUGCGAAAACAGUAGUGCUGGAACCUGCAGAAUCGCCGACGAUCACCAAGGGCGAAACGGGAAGCCAUGGCGUUGAGGGCAUUGGCUCUGGCAUCAUUCCGCCGCAUCUUGACAAAUCGUUGUACGACGAGGCUCGAGCCGUUCCCGAAGCAGAAGCCCGGGCUAUGUGUCGCCGUCUUGCGAAGGAAGAAGGAUUGCUGGUUGGAACUUCAUCUGGCUUGAAUAUCUUUGCUGCCAUACAGUUGGCGAAGGAGCUAGGACCUGGGAAGAAGGUGGUCACAGUUGCAGUUGAUACUGGCCUCAAGUAUCUCAGUGGCACACUCUUUAAGGACGAGUGA